AUGCAUUUAACGCUUAUACUUGCUACUCUAUGUUCAUUACUUGUAAUGAUUGAUUCAAUUACAUACAUUUACCCUUAUAAUUAUGGCGAAUUUUAUGGUGGACGUUAUCCCUUUCCUUAUUAUCCACCACGCUAUCGUCGUCGUUAUUACGGCUUUGGUCCUUAUGGCUUUGGUGGCUUUGGCGGUCGUUUUCCAGGUUCAUUUGGUGGCGGUUUUCCCUAUGGCGGUGGUUUCCCAGGUUAUUAUGGCGGCGGUUUCCCAGGCUCCUUUCGCGGAGGGUUUCGUGGACCUAGUGGUGGUGCACGAAUAGGGGCAGCGCUUGGUGAAUUGGUUGAUUCGCUUGGUUGA